GUGGCUGGCUUCUUCAAGGGCAUGUCCUUCCCCCUGGCCAGCGUGGCUGUCUACAGCUCCGUGGUGUUUGGAGUCUUCAGCAACACCCAGCGGCUGCUGGGGCAGCUGCGCCACGGCGACCCCGCGCAGCCCCCGGCCCUGCCCGACAUGCUGCUGGCCAGCACCCUGGCAGGGUUUGUCUCCGUGGGCAUUGGCACCCCUGUGGAUCUGGUGAAGAUAAGGCUGCAGAUGCAGACACAGCCACGCACCGCAGCAGACCCCAAGCUCAAGCCUGCAGUUCCUGGGUUCCCUGUGUACAGAGGCCCAGUGCACUGCUUCAGGACAGUCCUGCAGAAAGAGGGGCUGCCAGGAAUAUACCGAGGUGCUGGAGCAAUGCUCCUGAGGGAUGUGCCUGGCUACUGCCUCUACUUCAUCCCCUACACAUUGCUCUGUGACUGGAGCACCCCUGAAGGAGGCCUUUCCCCCAGCCCCUCCUCGGUGUGGCUGGCUGGGGGUGCAGCAGGAGCCAUUUCCUGGGCAGUUGCCACUCCAAUGGAUGUUGUGAAAAGUCGAAUCCAGGCAGAUGGAGUUUAUCUAAACAAGUACAGAGGCACCCUGGACUGCAUCCUGCAGAGCUACCACAGCGAGGGCUUCAAAGUCUUUUUUAGGGGCAUCACGGUCAAUACAGUGAGAGGAUUCCCAGUGAGUUCAGCCACAUUUCUUGGCUAUGAACUUUCCCUCAAAGCAAUGAGGAGAGGCCAAACUGAGACCAGUCCUUAACUUCCAGAGCUCCUGGAAUCUCACUGCAGUCUGCUCUGCUGCUUGUGAUUGUGGUGAUUAGGAUGAAUCAGAAAAGGAAAACCUGAAGCAAGAA